GGACGCCGCUGCCGCACGAUAAAUUCUGCCCCGCCGUUGUGAGGACCGUUUUUCGAGAUUACGAUUGAUCGACGUUUGUCAAAACUUAAGCUUUUACGAUAUUGUAAAUUUUAGGAAUUUUUACGAAUCUUUAUGUUGAAACUUCUCGCACUAGGCGCUUCUGACCCGGAAUAAUAUAUGCUUUACCGGUCCUGCAGCUUUACGAGGUUUAAUUAACUUUGAUUCCUCACGACAUGCGAAUUAUAAUAAGAAAACUUGUGUGUUGGAAUGCCAUUUCGAAUCAAAACCGUUCAAACGAACGAUAACGACUCUACCCUUGGUGUCCGUCUAAAAUCUUCCCACGGAUACGAUCCAGGGACCGGCAGAGCUACUUUCCACAUCAUUCCUUGAGUAAACUCAAGUCUCUCAGACACGCACUCUCGCACUCUCACGUCACACACGCGCGCUUACACGGGCGAAUUUACGAGCGCACGUUACACAAAGUCCUUAUUACCGUGCUGGUUUGAUUAGCGUGAAUAAACAUACCGUGCCGCACGUUACCUUUUAAGUAACCCGGAAAACUAACAUAUCGCGGGAGAUUAACUACCGCUGCUUCUCCGCUCUUCCACCGCAAUAUUGUGCCAUUGCAUCGUAUAAAACGGAGCAGAACAAUCCUCCGGAAGAGGGAAAUACCAAAAAGAAUAUGAAAAUUUUCUUGCGAUCUUUUACUUAUAUUCCGAUAAUCUUUCAUGCUGGUCUUCGAUAUCAACUUGCUCUAUUUUCGCAGGAUGCGGGAGCAUCGCGCCAAAAUCCACUUGGGGCAAGGUCGCCACCAUGGUCUACGCCAUCAUUGGGAUACCCUUGACCCUGAUCUAUCUAUCCAGCAUGGGUGGCCUCUUGUCGAGGAUCGCCAGGGGUGUCUUCACGCGAGCUCUUUGCUGUUGCCUCUGCUCGAAUUGCGGCUACUGUUGUUACGACGAGAGGCGAAUGCAGGAAAAGGAGCGGCGGAUGAGGAAGAAACGGCAGCAGGAGGAGCUGGUGCAGCGGCAGCAGGAGCAACUGCAGCUGCAGGAGCCAUUCUAUGUUCGCGCAAACGCGUCAACGUUCACGAGCACUGUGGAAAUUAAGGCCAGCCCUAAGGACGAAGUGUCAAGUCUUGGCUCGGGCGACCGACCCAACGUCACUAUAUUCGCGCCGAUCAGUAUCUGUCUCGGUGCGAUGCUGUGCUACAUCGCCGCCGGAGCGUUCACCCUAUACAAAAUGGACGGUUGGUCAUUCUUAGAUGCAGGCUAUUUCUGCUUUAUGAGCCUGAGCACCAUCGGCUUCGGUGACAUGGUGCCUGGCUCUUACCCCCGGCGCAGUCUCGCCCCGCCUGACUCGAGGAACGCGACUAUCUGGUUCUGCUCCAUCUACAUAAUGCUGGGAAUGGCGCUGACGGCGAUGUGCUUUAACAUUCUCCACGACGAAAUCGUCCAUCGGAUGAGCCACCAGUCGGACAAGGCCGAGCCGGUGAAGUCGAGCCCGUCCGUCGACGAGCUGUCGACCGACCCGUUUGCGCUGACCUCGUGACAAUUUCCGUCGGGCAAUCUGUGCCACAGGAACGGCACCGACGAGAACAGCAUACAUGGCACGGAAUCAUCCACCAAUAUAUUCGCGCAUGAGAACGAGAUCAACAUCCUGAAGGACACUUUCAACCAGGUGGACGUCACCAGAGAUUGCAAGCCGAUCCUGAAGCUCGAGGAUCAUGUCGUGUCGAUCCCCGCCGUCUAUACGUUGCCCAAAGUCGAGGAGGAGGUCGAGGAAACCACGGAAAUGUGAAAAUUCCCUGGAUUUCUGGUGGUGACGCCGAUUUCCUCCCGGUGGCGGGGCACAAGUGGCUGGAGAUUAUCGAACAGCGUUUUUACGGAUCGUAAGACCGGAUAAAUAGGUAUAUGUAAUGUUGUAUAUGUUAAAGGUCGUGCCGUCAGAUCGCGACAGUCCGAAAAAUGAUGUCUUCUUUGAAUCUAUCAUUAAUGUUGAAUUUAUAAUAUAAGACGCAAUUACGAUUUUGAUGAACUCAAGAAAGUGAUGAUGCUCGAAAUUUAUUUGAUUUUCUUUAUUUUUAAUCAGACGUAAAGAACACAUACAUUUUAUAACUUUGUAGAUCUCGCAUUAAAAUAAUCCAUCUAAAAACAUUGAUUAUUGAUCAUAAGAUAAUAAAAAAAAACUAACAUUUUUUGUACCGUUUUUAUAUAUUACUUUACUCUGUAAAUUCAACGAUUAAUGAUGGAGCCGUUAGUACGCCUGUAUUAAUGACGACACCAAUGAACAUAAGUGAAUGCAUAUAUAAUACGCUAUCUGGAACACGUUUGAAAAAGAAUAAGUGCUUGAACCAUGAACGCAAGUAGGACAUCCUCUUUGAAAUCGAUGUAGCCAAAUAAUCUCACUUUCGCUCGUAUGAUAAGCGUGUACAUUUAAAGUUGCACUUAUGUUAAUCAACUCGCACAUUCGAAUAUUGAAUUGCUCACCGAAAAAUUAAAUGUGUGUCGAUAUUGUAACAAUAAUGAUAUUAUAUUGUUCAUGCGCAAAGCAAGAAUUUAGUAAUCAAUAUAAAAGUUAUGCAAUUUUACGUUCUUCUUCUGAACGUCAUCCCGAAACUUACGUCGCGGUGAUUACUCGAGAAUAUUACGCGAUAUAUAAUCAUUGGUACUUUCUGUUUGCCUUAGAACGACUCUGUUUAAUUGAAGAGCAGUAUGCUUGUAACUACGUCACGUUUGAUAAAUGCAGUAAACGGCGUUACGUAAGUUCUAAGUAAGACGACACCGUGUAAGAUGUAUAGGCAAAGCGUCUCGCAAACGUUGUAGGAAUUUCUCGAACUUCCAGCAGACUUUGCCAAAUUAAUCUGGAAGUAUCCUUAAUGAAUGUUUACUGGAUAUUGCCAAAGUGUGGAACUACUGCUCUUGUGUACAAAAACAGAAUACGUGUCGAAUAUGCCGAAAGGAUGAAUGCAAAUGGAUGCGUUAUCAAAGUUGUCCUUAUUUUGACUAAAUGCAUGAAUUAUUUUAAAGAUAGCGUUUCAGCGUGCGGACGCUUUGGUUAUUUAAAGUUACUACUGCAUGUGAAUGUCGACGUUCUGACGUCGCGUAGCUUAGAACAAUCAGGAUUAAAUGAAGGGAUCACGAAAAGAGUAAAAUCCCAGGAAUGGGAUGCAUGCGUAAUUCCUGAUUACUACCAAGGUGUUAGCGUACCUGACAUUAACGGUGGGAAAUUACGUUUACGUCGUCGAUAAAAUGAGUGAGGCAAAUGACCGGCAUAAAAUAAUUUCCCUAGGGGCAAUGGUGCAUUUCAUUCGCGGCCGGAAUGCCGUUCGUGCACGGAAAUGUUGAAACUUCUCUUUUAUUUCCCUAUCUUUCUUAUUCGCGUCACGUAGCGCCGCCACUUCCUAAGAAAGCUUUGGAAUCGACUGAUAAAUUGAUAUUUCUUCAAUAUAAAUAAUGCCUUAGUGGUGUCUUAAAGAAAGUAAUAUUUUAAGUGCUUCACAAGAUAUCCAAGAUAAAAUCUUGAAAAUGACUUUACGCUAACAGGAACGACAUACGUUAUUGAAUAUCAAAAGCAUUCAUAACAAAUUAGAUUUAUUAUAUAAUAAUUAAGAUUUAUUAAACGUCUCUUUGAGGAUCUGAUCGCUGUGGGAGUACCAUCGUUCCCUCUCACGACUCGCUUUCAUGAAAGUCUGACAAAUGUACUUGUGGUAAAGUAAUAUCCGGUACAGCGACGACUGUUCGGGAUUGAUAUCUUUAAAUAACAGUAUCAUAAUUCCGCAAUGAAUCACGCACAAGACAAAGAGCUCCUUUUUACAGAAUCUUUUUUAAAUUAAUUUCCGACAAUGCCGAGCCUGUGCUUGACAUCAAUUCCUUGGCAAGCGCACUACUACGAGCGAAAUCAGUCUAGAUGCUCCCGCGGAUUCGAAAGGGAGUGAAAGGACUCAGCUGCUUCAUAUUCAAUGAGAUUUCGAGGACGUCCUGGUCUUGCAGACGGAGACCGACUUAAUGUUUCUACACGCCUACUUAGAUAGGGACACGUAUAAGGAUUUUUUAUAUUUCCGUACUUAAGCAUCCACGAAGUAAAUGCGUUCUUGUCUGUAAUAUAACUAAGCUACUACGAGAGAGAGAGAGAGAGAGAGAGAGAGAGAGAGAGAGAGAGAGAGAAAGAAAAAAAGAGAUCCUUGCGUCUAGCUCGAGCGAAUUACUGACACGUACACGGUCGUAUCCGUUUAUCGAUCGAUCUGUCAUCUGUCCUACGUCCUCACGAUCCUAUCGAACUGUAAUCUCAAUCACUGCCGUGCAUGGAAAUCCGCGAAGAUAACAAUGCGAUUAUCGUUGAACAAGGAUUCAAGAAAAACAAACAAGCGGAACUUUAAACGAAAAUUGAUAAGAGCGUUCGCUAAUCCGAAAGGGGAUUUUACAGGAUAUUUUGAUGUAAUUUUAAUACCGCGAAUCUCAAAGGAUAAUCGCUUGUUCAGCGACGAUCGAUGCGAGUCUUGUUACAUUGUAACGACGAUUAGUGACGACAUGCCAUUCGUUGUACUGCCAUCGGCUGGACGCUAGAAUCAAACGGUCGAACGAAAUCAAAUUCUGUGCUCAAGAACAAUAACUAAGGUACUUACGGAUAGGCAUUAAUCCCUAAGGACGUUGCGGUUUUAGGACGAUUAUUCCCGUUCUUUCAUAUUGAUAUUCGUAAUAGUCUACGAGGCGAUGCGAGAGUAAAGCGUAACUGUGAAUUAGCUGUAAAGGAUUAUUUUCGCUGCGCGCGGGGAGAGAGGAGGAGUCCUCCCUGAUGUAGUGAUCAAUGUUGUAAGCGUAAUGCCAUACCUAUGUUGUCGUGUUAAAAUAUUCUUUACAUAUCCUCACGCGGACAAACACUAUAAUUGGAUAUAAUUUAAUCCAAUAUUGAAAUAAAAUUAGAAUAAAGUAUAUGUACGUUGAAUUGAACCUGUAUUUUCUUGUGCUCGUGGUGGACCUCUUACACGGGCUGCGAAAAGGCGUGAGGAAUGGUCCCCUAGCGACUUCAAGGGUGUCCCUUCUGUUUCUUGCGACAUAUCAUACGUUAUAAGGGAUUCUGUCGUGUCUCUGCUCGUGCGGCGCACCAUCGCACGUGAGUGCGUGUGUGCGUGCACACGCGUCAUCUCGACAUUAAAACCGUCGAAGGAAUGGCCGUUAACGUGAAACAAGAAGGAGGAGAAGGUAGCGUACAACUAACAGGCGAGAAGAGAAUCUCGUACGGUGCCUAAUGACAAUCGAUACUGGCUUCAGCAGUGUUGCUGGAGUUAUCGUUAUCACUCCGUCAGUGAUUCGAUGGAGGGUCGUGGCCGGCAGCCAAGACAAACUUUACUUUGGUGCUCGUACCAGACCAUCCAGCCAUCGAUCCAACCUACCCGCCCGCACAACUUCCUCACACUCACGAGAGCCCGGGCCCGGAACGGCUCGCUUCAAGCUGGCGCUACGGCGAUUUGUUGCGAGAAUCUAUUUACAACUUUCCAUACGUCCCCAUGUAUGCGAGGAAUUGCGCAAUAACCGCCGGCGCGGCGUGUCGCGAUUGCAAAUACCGCGGGAAGCGCUUAAAAGUUCGCCGCCUUAUUUUCCGUUCAAAGACAGGGAAAGUACUGCGGCACUGCGGGGGAAGAAUACGGAAAAAGAUCACGCGACCGAUAUUUUGUAUAAUGUCCCCCGAUAAAACUUUUAUUAAUCGGUAUUCUCGCGCGCACGGCACUCACAAGAGGAGUGCCGCUCUCCCGCCCCUGCAGCUGUGCCGCUAUUUUAGAUCGCUUUUAAUUCUUUCACGAAGUUUCCUCUCGAGAUAAUAGACUCAUUUACAAGGUGAACUUGCGAGGCGAAUUAAAGUUUGACGUAAUUUUCCACCGUGGAUAUUGAAUCCGUUAAAUGUAAGUGAAUUUGCUACAUCAACUAGACGUAUACCUAUAUCGCAUCGCGUAUCGUUUGCCGUUGAUGAAGAAGCAAGUUAAGAAAAUAAAAAAAAUUCGGUAUGUGCAAUUUUGCUUUUAAAACUUUUUUAAUUGGUGCUGGUUGAUGCGUUGUUGCGCGGUUUUAUGUUACGUAUAUCGGGCGGGAUGAAACGGGAUGCCGUGUGUGAUCUAGUUUAGGUUCGGGUUCAGCAUCGUUACCAUUACAAUAUAGCAGAUUGCGACUAGCGAUUUUUUACAUCGACAUAUAACGUCUGUAAGCCCGGAACGAGGUCCCAGCGCGGCGAAAGUCCGGGCCGGCUUCUCUCCUUUCGCAGGAUUUUCUUUCCUACGUAGCUCCUCAUCUUUCGCCCUUACCGGUUUCCUCUGUCGUACUCCAGGGAAAUAUAACCGAGUUCAAAGCUCUCGACAGCCGACACGAAACUUUAGCGCGACAAUUUUGCACAAGAAAUGUCCAAUGAAAGUCAAACGCCACGGGAUUCGGCCUCAUCGGUGGGUUUCGGCCUUAGGAGGAAGAAAAAAUGUGAAGAACGAAGGCAAAGCCGGUCCAACCUUCCAACAACUGGCUUAAUGGAAUUAAUGGUUUUCUGCUGUCGCCUUACGUAUUCAUUUCGCAUGCGCGAAUCAGCUUACGAAUCACCGAGUUUUCGAAAACUUCGAGAAGUCGAAUCUAUGUCUCUUGAUACUCAAUUGCGCUUCUACUGAGGGCAAUUAAUGUUCGUGCUGCUGCCGGCCGCCUGAUUAUUUCAAAGAACUCGAGAAGCAAAGCGCUACCAAAUUAAAUUAAACUCACCUCGCACGAGUUCAUUUCGCAAUAUUUGUCUAACGUGCUUGAUUUCAGUUCGUCGAUUUUUAUCUUGUACCUGUUUAUUUCCAUCUCUCACAGUUCGAACGUAGCACAACAAUAUUUAUUAGAUAUUUGUAUGAGUGCAAAAUAGUUAUUUGCAUAUUUUGUUUAGGAUAAAUAAAUAUAUUUGCCGUCGGAAGAAUCGUUGUCAUUACUGCUGAAGCGAAUGUCGAGAGAUCACAGAAAAGGAAGUCUCGGAGGAGAUAUCCCAGGGAAAAUCUCUUUUAUAAAUAUCUGAGUUGCAACAAUAUCUUGAUGUCAAUUCAACUUUCGCAACUAACGAAUUAACGGGAUUUGCUUCUGCCGUCCUUCUAUAUUGCAAGUCUUACAUUAUACAAAUCGCGCCGUGUCGCAAUAUUUUAGUGUGGAUUGAUAUUAUAGUAAAUGUGACUGAAUGUACUAUUCGAUUCACAUGUUUCUCUAAGCCACUUUCAUCGUACUCAUUAAAAUAAAAGCCUGUAAUUGUUUAUCUUCCUGAUCGCGUCAUCCUUUUAUUAUACAAGAUAAUUAUUUAUGUAAAGAUCUUGAACUUGGUCUUGUAUUAAUUAAUUGCACUCAGUUUCGACGAUCAGUUUCAUCUUGCAAUCAUCGCGAACCAAACUCUUUCAUUUAUGAAGCGAGUGUAUCAAUACCGACAUUACGGGAAUGUACAUACAUUAACACAUGACUGUACGAUAACAUUAUAUUAAUAUUUAUUGUUAGGAUAUCAAGAUCCAAUUAUACACUAGAGUCGGAUUCAUGGCUCGCCUGUCGAUCGCUUUCACUGAGACGAGGCUCACAAUUGUAAAUACGAUAUUGUCUUAGGAUAUAAUAGAUGUGGAUGUGGGAAGUCUUGUUAGAUCCUAUUGUUAAGCAGCUGCAACGUAACUUGAGCGACUUUCUGUACUACAUAAUAUCGACUGACUCGUUUUAAUUUCUCGCCGAUGUUAAGAGAAUUAAAUAUCACGAACGUACAUGAAGGAACGUACGUUCGCGUCGAGCUUGAUAUAAGAGAGUGUUGAUUUUAUCAUUAACAGAGCUUAGAGAGCAUUUAUCUCUGCUGUUGUUUUAUGUCAAAUAUAUAUAUAUACGAUGUAUAAAAUUUUGUACAAGAUGUAUCUUUAUUUUCCAAACAGAGCAUCGGGAAUUAAUCGUCGGGUAGCGUGCGAUUUAGAGGAAGCUUCAGAUGAAUAAAUAGUUUCGAAUUUUCUCAACUAUUGUUAUAGAUUCGGAAAGGAAGAAGGAAUAAGGUGUCUGCUGAAUAACGAAUGAUGCAGUACGACAGUAAUCAUUUCCGUGUUCCGCUCAUGAAUCAUCUCGCAUAAUUCUUUGCGCGAGCAUAAGGAAAAAGUCUUAAUAAAUGUCUGAUUCUCUAAACUUUGCGCGCGUCGUCGAUCAAAACAAAGUUUUCCAUACGCUUAUAGCGACCUGCUGUGUCGGCGAAUUAAUCAUAGCUGAAGUUUCCCAGGAUUCGCUUAUGGACUCAUUUUUCCCGACGAUUAUGCAUUUCUGGAACGGUGCACCGGCAACCGGAACGAAGUUUGUAAGAUUUCCGUCUUGAUAAAGUCUAAUGACACUACGUGUAACGCACAUUUUUUAUCAUGCUACCAAUUUUUUUUAAGAGAUCCACAAUUCUGUAGAAAGCAUCGGAGACGCAAGGAAACUUAAGGCGCCAUUUAAGAAAGGAAUUUAGAGACGCAUACCCACACAAACACACACACACACACACACACGUAUACACACUAUCCUCUCGGACUCAUAUUGUAUAUCGAAACUAAGAUCUCAAUAUUCUGUAAAUAAUUGUAAGGAGCAAUUGUCGCGCGGCGAAGUUGUAAAAUACGAAGCGAACGAUUUGCUGGGUAUUGUACGUCUGUAUAAUCAUUUGUCAAGCAAUGUAUCCUAUAAUAGGAGAUAAUAAAAAAGACUCAUCACGAA